UAAAACGAAGUGGUUUUGGUUGCGAAGUAAGAAGAGAAAGUCAAAUCUGAUUCAUCAUUAUGGAAUCACCUUUCAAGGGAGACAUAUUGAAGGGGAAGGUUGCUCUCAUCACAGGUGGAGCUUCGGGAAUCGGGUUCGAAAUUUCGACCCAAUUCGGCAAACAUGGAGCAUCCGUUGCCCUUAUGGGUCGCCGUAACCAAGUCCUUCAAUCUGCUGUCUCUGUUCUGCAAUCACUUGCAAUCCCAGCGAUUGGUUUUGAGGGGGAUGUAAGGAAUCAAGAAGAUGCAACAAGAGUAGUGGAAUCGACUUUCAAGCAUUUUGGAAGGAUUGAUAUUCUGGUGAAUGCUGCUGCAGGGAACUUUCUUGUAUCCGCAGAGGAUCUCUCUCCAAAUGGAUUUCGAACAGUUAUGGAUAUUGAUUCUGUUGGCACAUUCACAAUGUGCCAUGAAGCAUUAAAAUAUCUCAAGAAAGGGGGAGAAGGAAGGAGCUCUUCUGGUGGGGGAACAAUAUUAAAUAUUAGUGCUACCUUGCAUUACACAGCUUCUUGGUAUCAAAUUCAUGUGUCUGCAGCGAAGGCAGCGGUUGAUGCCACUACAAGAAACUUGGCGCUAGAAUGGGGAACAGACUAUGAUAUUAGAGUCAAUGGGAUUGCACCAGGUCCAAUAAGUGACACUCCUGGCAUGAGUAAACUGGCUCCUGAAGAAAUAAAUAGCAAGGCCAGAGAUUCCAUGCCUCUGUACAAACUUGGAGAGAAAUGGGAUAUUGCCAUGGCUGCUCUCUUCCUAGUCUCAGAUGCAGGAAAGUUCAUUAAUGGCGACACUAUGAUAGUAGAUGGAGGACUUUGGCUGAGCAAGCCUCGUCAGUUACCAAAAGAGGCAGUGAAGCAGGUUUCACGAGCAGUAGAAAAGAGAUCCAGAAAUGCACCAAUCGGUGUUCCAAAAAGCAAGUUGUGAGCCAGCAGAUUUAGUUUUAGCCCCUCUAUCACACCUGCAAAUCAUCUCUUUAUAGACAAUCAUGGAGGUUAUGGUCUCUGUUAUUUUAAAUUAUUACUUAGUUGAACUUUUACUAACUAUAAAAUAUGAUGAUUCAAAGUCAUGGCUUCAUCCAACCUAAAAAUAAAAUUCAAUUCAUGGUUGUAUCCCAUGAUUGUGUCUUGUGCUUAAUAUAUGUGCUCGAAGCUGUAAGCAAAUCCAGCGGUAACUAUGAACUUGAUAUGUGGCUAUAUUGUAAUGAGCAAAUCCAGCUCAAUGAAAGGUGAGUCCAUAUAAGGAAUCAUCAAUCCCCAUGCUACGAACUUGAACUGAGUCUUCAAUUAUUUAGUUAUAAGUUUAGGAUGAGGAGGGAA